AUGCAUUGUAGUUCGGUUUUACUGAUGAUUUGUAUCUUAACAAGAAACAUGGCUCAGUUGUGGUAUGGGGUGAGAACAAUAUUAAUAUACCCGAUGUUCAUUCGUUCUUGCAAUGAGAAACACGUUGAUAGUCUGUUACUAUGUACAGCACUUGGAAGAGAAGCAAAUGGUGUUACUUUUUUCUUCAACGCCGAUAGAUACAUCUGUCAGUGGAAUUGUACUUUUUUUUUCACAACUGAUGUGACCAACGCAAGUAUCAAAUGGCACAAAUAUGAAAUUGAGUCGAAUGGGAAUGCAGCAAUAAAUAAACCUAACACGGCUUCUUCCGUCUAUGGAAACGACUACGGUCUAUGGUCACCACACUAUGCUACAGAUGGAAUUAUUCCUGGAGGAGGACAUUAUACUUUUCAUUCAACGUUUGAAUCAUAUCCAUGGAUCAGGACUGAUUUACAAGAAAUAUCAACAAUAUUAUUUCUACGUGUGUAUACUAGAAGAGAUGUUGGCUUUAGAUUCCAUGACGUUGCUGUGGAAGUGACAAACAGUAGCAACUACGAACAGCGCGGAUUUUACAAAGGACCAGGGAUGGCCAGUGAGGUAGUGGAGAUCCUCUGUGAAUACCCGACUAUCGCUCGUUAUGUUCGACUGAAAAUCAUCAAAGGAUCUGGAAAUAGUCUUAAUAUUCCAGAGCUGGAAAUCUACACGAAAUAG